GCCCUCGCUAAGCUAAGCGACCCCGCCUCUGGAACGCCAUGGAAUAAGAUAGAAUGCUAUGACGCAGAAGAUUGGUAAUACUAUGGAACAGUGUUGAAUGCAAUGGAAAUGCUACAUUUAGUAUAAGAGUAGAGGAGGAACAUGUAUUUACAGACCACGUAGUUCUUAAUUGAAUAUUGAACCCACACCUUUGAGUUGUUCGAGGUCUGGCCUCUCACACCAGCGCUUAUCAAAUUGCUCAAUUGUCUGUGCUUGAAUAACUAUACGCCAGGCAGCCUCAAAAGCCUUCCAAUCCUCUUCCCCGACUACAUUCUUACAUUUAGCAAGUACACAUUGGUUUACAUGCCAAAUACAGAGUAGUGUAGGGGCGUGCGGAAACACCUCUUCUGACGCAUUCUUUUGAGCCUGGUCACCGUCUAUAACUAUAGCUCCAGGGUUAAUUCCAAGCUCUUGAAAACAUUGGAAUCCCCAUAUAAAGUCUUGCUGUGUUUCACCGGGAAGGAAGCAAAAUCCAAUUGAGAACGUUAAUCCAGAGCUUGUAACACCUAUGAAUACUUAGUAUUAUAAGCGUACAAAUAAGUCAAAAGCGGUACUUACCAAUCAUAUGUAAGAGUGGCAUCUGAAACUUAUUUGUCUUAUAUGUAUUAUCAACUAAUACAACAUCUUGAUUAGUCUGUGCAAGCUGAAUUGACUGUGGAUAUGCAAUGAAGAGGUGUUGUGUCCGGUUCUCUGACGUGACAUUGAUUUUGAAGUGUAUUUUGUUAUCUGUAAGGUGCUGAAUAAGGGCGUCGUUUGGAGAGAGUCCAUGUCUUUGCUCUCUUUUAAAAGAGGCAUUCAGGUUAUAUAUGUCGUACGGUUGAAGUGGGGUAGUAGUUAUCUGGCGAAGGUAUGUAAUUGCUUGGCUUGGCUUAAUCCCUAAAUAUAUAUUAGACUUAAAUUAUUUCAAGUUACUUUCUAUCUUACCUGCAUUGUGUAAAGAUCUAGCCUGAUUUAUCUCUGCUUGUGCUAGCUUCCGGUGUGCUGGAUGAGAGCUAACUGAUUGACUUGGAAGGUGGUUAUGUAGACUAUACUCUACGCCAGGCCUAUAGCGUAACUCCCAUUGAGAAUUUAUACAUUCAAGCGCUACUAUUGAGAACUGGCAGCCAGUUUUUCGAGUAGUUGUCUGUCGCUUACGUGCUUGUAAAUGCUGUUGCGGAUGUUUUUCGGAUGGUGGUAGGCCGUAACGGUCGCAAUUAUACGUGAUCUUCGUCCUAGGACCGCCAUGGAUCUUUGUUGACCGUCCAAUACGAAAAGCAUAGCAAUGAUGUGCUGCCCAGGCUUGAAUUGAAGUAUAUAGCUCUUCUUUAGAGCUAUAUAUAGCCUCUGGAGGCAGUGGCAUAGACGUAUGAGGGGUGGCAUCUGCUGACGCUGGCUCAAGUGGUUGCUCAGGUGAAUGUAAGGGCAGUGGCGACAGCGAGAGUUGAACGUCCAUUUUCGCUAUGUAGCUAUGUCAGGCGUGCAUUGAUUACAGUCCAAAGUACAGUGCUGGUAGAUGUAAAUGCGACGCGCGCGCAUUUCGGUGGUGGGGGGGCGUGAAAACCCGCGCUUAGUCAGCUCUAAACUGACGCCGGGGCGUCAGUGUAUUGGGACCCAGUGGCUAGUCCCCUUGGCAGACUGUUCCCCAAACCCGCACGUCGUAGUUUUAUCUUAAUGAUCAAAGAUCUCGGUGAAGCAGUUGAGUACACCACGGUCGGAGGUAAUCGAGACCAUGCACAGAGUCCACAUAUUAUCGUGGCAGACUUGAAAAUCUUUGGUCGGGCCUGGGACCAGUAUACUACUGAGCGACGACUGGUAGAUCUAUCGGUUGAAAGUUGCUCCAAACUCAGAUCAAAGAAAUAUUCAGAAAUCAGAGACAUUCAGCCGGAAAUCGUCGAAAACAAGAAGCAGUGGUUGUUAGGUCAAUCGGAACGAGACGCCUCAAUUGACAGCGACGACGAAGAAGAUAAACCCACAGAGAUCCACUUUUCAGACUAUGACGAGUCAGACUGCAAAGAAACCACAAGGACGGAACCCUCGAUCGAACUUGGAGAUGCCACAGCUUUAAGAGAAGAAUCAUUUCGAAUGACCCCAGAAAUUGAACAUAUCAGACUGACAUUCACUCGCCAUUUUGAAGAUUUGGACGAGCAGCAGAUGCUUGCCAUGACUGACUUAGAGUUGGAACAGCUUUUGAGAUCACUAGCGUCAGCAAAAAAGCGUGUGUCGGAGUUAGAAAAGGAACUCUCAGCACGAUCAUUCAUUUUGGAUAAGUUAAUUGACAAGGCUUCACGGGCGUUAGAAAUAACAGUGUUUUCCAGAAAGAGAAUGUUACGGAACGAGAUGUUUAGAUCCGCCCACCGACUUCUGCCUACCUCGCCUCUACCAGAUUCCGGUGAUGAGAUGCCAAUAGAUUACGAUAAUAACCAACAACACCAAUUUCAUCAGAUCAGACUGUCGCCUAGUGGUUCGGGAAGACAACCUCCUCAAAAGCGCAACGCCUCUCCAGAACCAGCUUCCUUACAUUCUUCAAGAGAAUCACGUACCACGAAGCGACAUAAGCCUUCUCAUACAUCGUCGAGACAAAGUUCCUUUAACCCAAGUACAUCUCCAGAGGCCGUUAGAUCUUUGUUCUCGAAAUCCCGCCGUCCUACGCUACAACAGGGACCUUUCCGACUGAAGCCAAAUUCACAGCCCAUUGUGAUUUCAGAUUCCGACGAUGCUCUAUCCGACUGUUCGAAGACAAAUGAGGGCGAUAUGUCGAAUCGCCCUACUUCACAGCAAUUAGGCACUGCGGCUUCGAAGACGCCCCGAAUAAGAUUCUUCGAUGGUUUGCCAAGCGUUCAAUCAUGGAAUUCGCAGGUACUUGGUUUACCCUUUUUGUUUCUUUAGCCCUAUUUCUUUCGCUUCUGAUGUUGCCUUUAACCAAUUUGCGAAGUCGGAAACAUGGCUAAUUGUGUUCUCUUAGUAUUUGCCUGCACGACAGACUGUGAACACGAAAGUAUCAUCGCCCGCCGAAUAUAUCGGUCAUUCUCGAGAAGUCGAACUACCAGAGCCUCAAGACCAUAUGGGAACAGCAAAGCAACCGACUGUACAGACUGCAAGCAAGAAUCAUGAAACUCCGGAAUACCUAGGCCGAUCCGAAUAUACAACCCAGUGGUCUGGGAAGUCAGCAAACAUGAGAGAAUCUACGAAUAUGGCAGCGGAUGUUGGAGGAGCGAUGGAGUACGAUUGGGAAAUGGGAGCAUGGAGAGAGUUGUAA